AUGCUGGCUGACCAACAAGUUUUAUUUCCCCUCCUCCUUGUCAUGUUCUGGGAGUUGGAGCUUGGUGAUGGCACAGAUUUUGGCCCCUUUCCAAUCAACGGCCCCCAAUCGCCCUCUUUGGCUAGCUUAACCAAAGCCCCUCAAUUCGUCGGGCCACCAGGUGGCGGGCGCAAGCGCCCCUCGCGAAGCGAGCCUCCGAAGGGCACCUCGCGAAGCGAGCCUCUGAAAGAGGCUCGCUUCGCGAGGUGCCCCCGGCACGCCGGGGUCCCCCCGUCCCUCUGGAACGAGGGGAUUGUGCUAAGCUAG